UUACAACCUUUUAAGACGAUAAGACAGCGUUUGGCACAAAGCGGAGUUUAGGUCUGAAGCAAGCAAGGAAGUUCUGGAAUGAGUGAAGAGAAAGAGUGAAUGGUGGGAUCCUUGUGGUGUUCCCAAAAUCACAAAAAUGGCGAUGCUUUGUAAGGUAUCAUCCUCACUCUUCCUUUCACUCUCCCUCAAACCUAAACUCAUCUACCGCACCAAUGCCUUUCUGCUUUCUCGUUCAACCGCCACCACCUCAAAGCACAAGACGCAGAACGCAAAAGCAGGGUUGGCCAAAGAAAAGCGCAGAACGCGCUCCGACAAACACUUCAACCCAGACGCUAUAAUUCAACAUUGCAACGUUAACCACUCCGACACCGACACCAAGUUUUCGCACAUUCCGGUCAUGCUGGGUGAAGUCAUGGACGUCUUCUCCGCCGCUUCCUUAACCUCCUUCGUCGAUUGCACCCUUGGCGCUGCCGGUCACUCCACCGCUGUUAGUAUUUUUAUUCUUCUUUAUUUGUUAAUUUANAUUUAA